UGGGAAAACAUGUGCAACAAUAGUCGCGGCCCUUUCGCGAUAGAUCCCUCCUCCUAGAGCUUUGUCUCGAAGAAUACGUCUCAUUUUCUGUUUCAGUGGCGCAACCCAAGGGCAGACAAAAGUAAGGAGGGAGCAGCGUGAAUUGAAUUUCAUGCUUAUUUAUCCUCUACAAAUUCCAUCAACGAAACCUGAAUUUACAAAACACGGGGACAGAAAAGAACAAAGCUCAAGGGCCAUUGGAACUUCGGAGACGUGAUAGCAGCUAACGAGAUUUCCGUUGUCUUUGAAAAGGGGAUUGAGGAUGAAGCGGAAGGUGCACGUUAUCUAGACGGGGCAUCUGAUAACACUGUGGAUAUACUAGAGCGGCGAUGAAUGGUCGGGAAUGUGACAAAAAUUAGCGUCGAAUUGUCCGCACGUCAGUUUUAGAAGGAUACAUCUCAGGGAAUGGAAACGCAACGUACGUCGCGGAGAUGAGGGCGGAAAAGGAAAACUACACCCCUUCUAGGAAACAGCCUAGGUUUAUUUUCGGGGGAUUUUUUAUUACUUGGAUAAUAUUGUGUCAGAUUCCGGGAAUCUCAUGUUUGAACACGAUAACAAUCUACGGCCUUUUCCCGCUGACUGGGCCCCAGUCCCAAAAAGGUCUUGCCCAACUUAGGGGGGCACGUCUCGCUGUCUUGGACGCCUUAGGACAAAACAAGACCCUUGGAAACUACCUGAUAAACUUUGCCUACAAUGACUCCAAGUGCGACGCCACAGAAGAACUACGCCUGCUACUUCAUCAGUUAAGCACUGGCAGUGGAAAUGUCUUACUGCUGGGCGGAGGGUGCUCAAAUGACCGCGCCACCCCCAUGUCUACCUCUACGCGGGGAAUAGUGCCCCAGGUAACCGCAGAACCUCUGACGGAAGAAACCCCACACGUGUUUACGACGUAUCCCACAAUCCUUAGUUCUCACGGUGCCGUGAUUGGGUUCUUGAAAACAUACUCGUGGAGGAAAGUGGCCAUCAUUUACCAGACGACAGGGCUGCAUUUGAUUGGAUACCGCCAACUAGCAAAUGCUCUCAGAAACAGCAACAUAGACGUCUCCUUAGAAAUGGAAUUCAAUAAAAUCAAUGCUGCGGCGACACUGGAAGAGAGUCAAUUGCGUAUUGUCAUCAUUUAUCUAACGGCGGAAAACAUACAGAAGUUCGUCUGCUCUGCCGGGUUUUCUACCAGCCGACACAGCGGGCGGUUCAGGUUUAUUGUCCCCAUUACAUCAGACGACACCUUGUUUUCCCUGCCUACCACUCUGGAGUGUGACAACUUCAGGAUGAAUUCAGUGGUCUUGGUCGACGUCAAGAAGUCCCUUUAUGAUGUUGUGGGUUACCAGGCAUUCCGUCAACGUUUGGAAGUCAGUCAGACGAUGACAGAAGACCAGUACAGUGCUGCCGCCUAUGCUUAUGAUGCGACCAUGGCCGUUAUAGCGGCCCUCAAUACCAGCCUGGCGGAGACGUCCAGGAGCCAGGACUUCCGGGAAGUGUCCAGGGUCUUUGACGCCAGUAUGUGGAACAUACGUAUGUCCGGGAAAACGGGAUACCUGAAGUUUUCAAAAACCGGACUCCGAACUGUGAACGUCAGCAUAUCGUGGUUUGAGGAUAUGGUGCUGACAUCUAUCGGUAAAUACGAGUCGGAAGUCGUUCUUACGACUAACAUCUCUAAAGUCAUGGGACAGGACGAGGUUGUCUUGGAAACCAAACUUGAUGGUGUCCCCCUCUAUCUUUUGGUUAUCAUGAGUGCCUUCGCAGUUUUGGGAAUGGCCUAUGCAUUUGCUCUACUGAUGUACAACGUCAACAAAAAUAAAGACAGAAUCAUUAAGAUGACCAGUCCCAACAUAAACGUUAUAGUCUGUGUAGGCGCUGUGUUUGCAUACAGCUGUGCCAUUCUUGGGGGACUGGACAAUGGCUACUUUGCUCUUGACAUCCUUGGUCAGGUUUAUCAGGCAACCGUGACGUUGACGGCGCUGUCGUUUACCAUUGUGUACGGGUCCAUCUUUGCCAAAACAUGGAGGGUCUAUCUCAUUUUCAAAAACAUGCAGGUCAAUGGAAAAACGACUAAGGAUGAGCACCUUUUGCUUGCCUUGGGCGCACUUUUGGCCAUCGACCUGGUCAUCUUAUUGCCAUGGAUACUAGUUGACCCAAUCAGCUGCCAGCAGAUGUCACAGGUCAAAGUAUAUCAGAAUCUCAGUAACACUGACAUCAUGCACUCAAUCAAUGAAUGCACGUCAGAUUACUUCGCAAUGUGGAUACUUCUACUCUUUGGAUACAAGAUGUUGCUACUGAUUGGAGGGCUCUACUGCGCAUGGCAAACGCGUCACGUGACAUUGCCCUCACUGAAAGACAGCCAGUAUUUAUACGUCAUAAUUUACAGCGCCUUUGCCGUUGGCGUUCUUAUUCUUCCCAUAAUGCUGUCAACACAGAUGUCGGCGCCAAUAAAAUACGCCGCAGGAGCCACGGCCCUCAUUGUCCUCACGACUGCCACGCUCACCAUUGCCUUCAUUCCAAAGGUGUUGUUGGUGAGAAAACACGACAAGAAGAGAAAGAAAGGCGCAGAACCGAAGUUCAAUUUCAGCGAAUCUGUACAGAAAACUAAAGAGAAAACUAAAGAUGGCUUCUGUGGAUGCUUCGGUGGCCAAAAAUCCAAAGAUAAUCCAUAUGUUAAAGAAGUUGUCGCCACGGAAAUUGAUACUCUGAAACGAAUGCUUAAAGAGAAGGACAGAUCUAUCAGGGAGCUCACAGAUCGUCUAUUCUACGGUUCUGAGAAGUUCCAGAACUAUUUACGGAACCCAAAGCGCCCGUCUGAAGAGCAGGUGAUGUCUCGGCGCGUCCGUCUGAGGACCAGGUCUCAGGAAUACCUCGGCAAAUCUCGGGACGAUAUAUACCGAGUGAAGUCACAGGAAAGUAUCAUUAUGUCUCGCGAGGAUUUACGAGAUAUAGCAGAUGGUCGAAUAUCAGUGAUCACGACAGUUAAGGAGGAACAGGAACCGGAAACACAGCCCAACUCCCCACGUGAGGGGUAUGACACUGAGGGGUCAAGUGGGGGUCAGGAGGUCUCAAACACCACCCAAAAUGUGACAAGUCCCAAUAUAAGUGGACGAAGCGUCAUUGACUCCAUGAAAGUUAACACAAGUUUUAACGAUACAACGAGGGCGGAACUGUCCUCUGAUCUGUCUCCUGGUUCAGAGAGCAUGGUGAGCGAAGGAAGGGAGAGGUUAUUGGAAGAUAGCACCAGAAAACUUUUACCAAAAGAAAGGCGGUCGCUAUCGCCCUCUAAAUCUCCGAACACCGACAGUGCCAUCGAACGAGGUUCUAGCCUAGAAACGUCUGAAGAAUCGUUCUCAGAGGGCAGGAUUCCAUCCGACAUUCAGGUCUCGUCUCCGGACUUGCGGGAUUCUUCGCGAGAAUCUUCAUUACUCCAGACGAGCGAUAGAGAAAGACUUGUGGUGCGUAACAAGCCGACCGCAGUGCGUAACGGACAUAUUCCUGGCAUGCAGCCGCCCCCUGUGAAACAAAAAGUUAAAAUUCAACCGCAGCCUCUUGAUUCUCGGGCUUUGAAAAAUCCGCAACAGAUCAAUACUGUAGUACCCGGGAUUGCAAGGGCGGCGUCCCCAGUGAAACGCGGAGUUUCAAAAUCUCCCGUUUUUAAUGGACAGCAGAUAAAUCUUUCUGUACCCAAAAAAGUGGGCUUUGAGAACCCGGUGUUCCAUAACAACGACGUUGUUUAUACGGACACAGAAGCCUCGGAGAUCGGGUUUAAGAUAGACCGGAGAAAAUUGAACGAUUCUUACAGACAGGCUUGUAGGCCUGCUUUAGAACCGGGUGAUCUGGGAACUCUACCUCGAGAAGAAAGCAAAAAGCUUUCCGAAGCUCUUUCACAAAAGGCUGCCUCACAAAACAAUGAGUACAUUCACAGCAACGGGACUGUUUUGAAUGGUAAGAAGUCGCCUGUUAGGGAUGUUGCUCAAACAUUAAGUCUAACGAAGACACCACCCAAGGACUUACGAAUUAACUCCCCUUCAGAUGACUCAAACUUAGAACAAUCUCCAUUUUCGGUAUUUACCGUACAGAGAAGUCACAUGGAUUUCCCCUCCGCCCCUCCCCCAUCUCCCUUAGAGAGUAUCAGCUAUGCGCCUGUAAUACUCCCUUAUCACAAGCACGGCAAGUUGAACCAUCACCACCUGCAGGAUUCCCGACAGUCGGCGUUCACGUUUGUCCACAAUCAAGACAAGCUGUAUCCGGGGUAUCGUCCCACUAUCGGUCAGAGAUACAGCACUGUGAUAGAGGAGCAGAACGGACUGGACGGUGAGGAGGGGUGGCCAGAGGAAGAGGUCAACAAAAAUGUAGCAGUGAGCAGCGUUUAG